AAUCAAACAAGCAGUGAAGGGAGGAAAUGUGAGGAAACUAUUGUAGCUGUGAAUUUACAUUACUUUGCGGUCUCUUUUUAUCCUCAUUCACGCGCUAUUACGCAUUUAAAUUAUUGGACCGGCUUUUGGAGGAAUUAUAUUUCGACAGCCUCGUCUUGUAUCAUCAGUAAUAACGAAUAUUCAUGUAGUUAGCCACGAACACCAGCUCUUGUCAACGGGCCGACGUAGCUGCUAGCUAACGUUAGCGACUCUGGGCUUAUAUUGGUUUGAAUUAGGGAUACGUUUUCGCUCGGCCUUUGUGCAAUACCGGCAACAGUUUAAGAGUAUGGACUCUGCUGCCAGGCUCAAGAUGACAAAAGACAUAAAACCUCAGAAGCCUGAAGUAAAGACGAUCAGUAAUGGGCCAAAACGGAUUCCAGUCUCCCAACAAUCCCAGGUGGCAGUAGUUACACCAAUAGCACAUCAGCGUGUCCUAGGUGUGUCAAAUGGACCGCAGCGCGUUCAGCGGCCUGUGAGCCAUCAGAAAUCAGCGUCUCAUGUCUCUGCUACUGCCAAGCCCUCAAACCCCACCAGUCAGAAUGUGAACCCUGCUACUCAGAAUGGAAAUCCUGCACCUCAGCCUAAACGUGCUCCACAGCAAAACCAGCCAAAGACAGAUGUUCCUAAGGUGAACUCUGAGAUGGCAAAACCACCAUCAGAACCAGCAAAGGAGGACAAGCCACAGGACAAACCAGCCAAGAUUGAUUCUGCAAAAACUUCUGCAGCAAGCAAACGAUGGAGCUUGGAAAACUUUGACAUUGGCCGCCCCUUAGGAAAGGGUAAAUUUGGCAAUGUGUAUCUGGCUAGAGAGCGACAGAGUAAAUUUAUCUUGGCCCUGAAGGUGCUCUUCAAGAAGCAGUUGGAGAAGGCUGGGGUGGAGCACCAGCUGAGGAGAGAAGUAGAAAUCCAGUCUCAUCUCAGGCACCCCAAUAUCCUGCGUCUCUACGGUUACUUCCACGAUGCAUCUCGUGUGUAUCUCAUCCUUGAGUUUGCACCCAAAGGUGAAUUGUACGGUGAGCUGCAGCGCUGUGGACAUUUUUCUGAGGAGAGGAGUGCAACAUACAUCAUGGAGCUGGCAGAUGCCCUCACCUAUUGCCACUCCAAGAAGGUGAUCCACAGGGACAUCAAACCAGAGAAUCUGUUACUGGGGGUCAACGGGGAGCUCAAGAUUGCAGAUUUUGGCUGGUCUGUUCACACACCUUCCUCCAGGAGAUCCACUCUGUGUGGAACUCUAGACUACCUGCCUCCUGAGAUGAUUGAGGGGAAAACUCAUGAUGAAAAGGUCGACCUUUGGAGUCUGGGCGUCCUUUGCUAUGAGUUUUUGGUUGGAAAACCUCCAUUCGAGGCCAAAUCUCAUGAAGAGACCUACCGUAGGAUAUCGAGGGUGGAGUACACUUACCCGCCACAAUCUAAUAUCAGUGAUGGAGCCAAAGACUUGGUUGCCAGGCUGCUGAAGCACAAUCCCAUGCAAAGACUGCCCAUUCAAGGGGUCCUGUCCCACCCCUGGGUGGUUGAGAAGUCCACUAAGACGCCCACAGCCCUGGUCAACGAAGAGCCAGGCCAAUAAGCCUUUGUCUUUGGCUUCAACCCUGCAUCAGAGGGCUUUACAUGCGAGUGUGGAGUCAUGCACAGCACCAUCAGUUCAAAGGUGAAAACAUUAGCAUCAGUGUACUGCUGUAGAUUGGAAUCUGCUUGUGCUACUUUGCUGACUAAAAAAACCUUCAUGAGGAUGUCCUUGUCUGCAGACAUCUUGAGCCACUUGGAUAUCUUUUUUUCUCAUCCUUAAUCUACUUUUUAACUUUUUCUUAUCAAUGGCGUCUCUUGCCUGUAAAUAUUUCACUGUGUUGUAUAAUUAUGAAAGUUUUAUUGAACUUUUCAAAUAUUCCAUUACUUGAAAUAAAUAAUUUAUCAUUUGUGGAGUAUGUCACUUUGGAAACAAGCUGUUUUCCUGUCA